AUUAAGUCAUCCUCAGAAUGAGCCGUUACUCAGUGGAGCGAACGGGCCACGGGUAUAAAGGGGAGGACUUCAGAAUUCCCCACCAGAGCCUUGCAGAUCCCUCCUGUGCUGCCGAAGCCCAGCCUAAGGCCCACUGUCGGCAGGAUGAGGAGCACGGUGCUGGCGCUGGCCUUGCUGGCUCUGCUGGCCGCAGCUCAUCAGGGCAGCGGGGAAGGAAACACCGUGAGGCUCUGCGGGAGAGACUUCGUCCGAGCCGUUGUCUUCACCUGUGGUGGCUCCCGGUGGAAAAGGGAUUUGACUGAUUAUCACUACCUGUUGGAGAGCGAAAAUCCCCUGCCUUUCUCACAAGACACCAAUGGUUAUGCUGAUUCCUCAAUGAACAGAGACCAGAGGCUGGAGACCAACAGUGAAGCAAUCCAAGUCAAGCCCGAGACAGAGCGAGACUCGGACCAUGCCAGGAAACCGACUGCGCUGAAAAAGCGCGAAAUAGCCAAGUUGCUCACCACGUCCUGCUGCAACAUUGGCUGCAGCGAGAAAGACAUCAGUUCCCUGUGCUAAAGCACAGCAGAUGCUGAUGAGGUUCAACGUUACAGUUUUCAUGCAUUAAAUAAUGUAUUAAAAUAAUAAUGACAUAAACCACUUUCACUGUAGUUUUAUUCUUUGGAGCACACUAAGGAGUAAAGGCUGAUUGUUAAAUAUUGUAGUACAAACAGCUGCAGUGACAGUUCAGGUUGGUUUCUCUGGAU